AUGUCAGGACAAAGUACUUAUAGGCUUACAUUCAAAGGGAGGGCUAGUCACUCAGCUCCAGUAAUAGGAGAGUCACUGUACCUGUGGGGAGGGAUUCAGCCUGGCAUAAUCUUAGCACACGAUUCACCUCAAAAGAAAAAACUGAUGUCAACAGUUGAGACAUUUUCCUUUUCAUCUGCUCGCUGGUCCUCUCACCUAACAAGAGGUACUCCUCCGUUAGGAAUUGCUGGCUACUCCUGUACCACCUUUCGGUCUAGUAUUUAUUAUUAUGCUGGCCACUGUGCUCAUGAUUUUUGUUUCUACAACAGUUUAAAUGUACUAAAUACACUGACCAUGAGCUGGACUCAAUUGCAUCCUAAUGAUGAGUCCAUGAUGAAGAAAGCCAACUGUGGAAUGCUGUCGCUGGAACUUGAUGGAACUGACUAUCUUUUUAUUGUUGGAGGAGUAGGUGCUACCCCAGCUGUCAAGCAUCCUCAGUUUCAAUAUGAGCAGACUAAAAGUCUUGAUGUUAUGACUAAUGAACAGUUACUUUAUAAUCUAUCUAAAGGUGAUUUUUAA